UUUUCCAAAACGACAAUUUUAUCAUCUUAAGGGUUAAUCUGUCAAUUUAACAAUACGGAAUUCGGAACAUGUAGGAUGGCCGCGACGCGAAAUAUCGUAGCUAAAUUAAAUAACAGGCACUUUUCCGUAUUUGUUGUCCCACAAAUUGGGAGGACGACGCGAUUCUACCAACAUUAUCCAAAUCUACGAGCUUGCGAUGUGUCCUUCCUGAAUUAUCCUCAACAAAGCUUGGUAGCUAGUCAUAGAACGUUUCAUACCGGUUCGAAUCUAAACGCAAGACGUGACUAUUACGAAAUACUAGGAGUAGGCAAAAAUGCAUCCGCAUCGGACGUUAAGAAAGCGUAUUACAAACUUGCUAAAAAGUACCACCCGGACGUAAACAAGAACGACCCAGAAGCACAGAGAAAGUUUCAAGAAGCUUCCGAGGCUUAUGAGAUUCUGAGCGACGAUACUAAACGCAAGCAAUAUGACACGUGGGGCUCUACUGCGGAACAAAUGGGCGCGGGCGCAAACGCCGGUAGGGCAUCGGGACCUCAAGGGUUCAGCCAGUCCUGGUCUUACCAGUCCACAAUCGAUCCCGAGGAGUUGUUUAGAAAAAUUUUCGGCGAGGCUGGUUUCGGCAAAGGCUCUUCUCCGUUCGAGGACUUUGCCGAGUCGAGAUACGGUUUCGGCGAAGCUCAGGAAGUGGUUUUAAGGAUAUCUUUUAGUCAGGCGGCGCGGGGCACCAACAAAGAUGUCACUAUUAAUGUUGUAGACACUUGUCCCAAGUGUAACGGCAGUAGGUGCGAGCUCGGUACCAAAGCGACUAAAUGUACCUUCUGCAAUGGUACCGGCAUGGAGAACAUCACCACGGGACCUUUUAUCAUGAGGUCAACGUGUCGGUAUUGUCAGGGCACUAGGAUGUACAUCAAACACAAAUGCAUAGAGUGCGAGGGCAAGGGCUCGACGGUGCAGAGGAGAACCGUCACCAUACCGGUCCCCGCGGGUAUCGAGGAUGGUCAAACUGUGAGAAUGUCGUUGGGCAACAAAGAACUGUUCGUUACCUUUAGGGUGGACAAGUCUGAUUACUUCAAAAGGGACGGUUCCGAUGUUCACACAGAAGCGGAAAUAUCCGUUGCGCAAGCUUUAUUGGGAGGUUCCAUUAGGAUUCAAGGACUGUAUGAGGACCACGUCCUCCAGAUAAAACCGGGAACUUCGUCGCACACUCGAAUUAGACUGUCCGGAAAGGGCAUGAAAAAAGUGAACGGAUACGGCAACGGGGAUCACUACGUGAUGCUGAAAAUCAAGGUGCCCCAAAAGUUGGACGAAAAACAGAAAGUCCUGGCCAUAGCGUACGCGGAACUCGAGAAAGACACUCCGGGCCAGAUAUUUGGGAUCGCCCAAAGAACAGACGGUUCGAAAGCGCAUCUCCACAAGGAACAAAGCGCCACUCUCGAUGCGAUUAGAUUAAUUUUGGAAGGUAAGGAGGUAAUUCGAAGUGAUAGUAAUACUGAUUCGACGAAAAACGAUAGGAAGACCGAGGUGAGCGACGGUGUGGAAGAAGACGCGGAAAUUCGGCGGUUAAAAAAGAAGAAUUAAGAUUCCACUUAAAGAUAAGCGA